AUGGGCAAUACAAAAAGUGCAUCAAAUAUGUCACAAUGUGCUAUUAAAAAUAGAAGACGAUCUCAAAAAUCAGUCUCUGAACCGAUAACAUUAACAGUAGUUGAUGAGGAACAGCCAAGUCGUUGGCAAUUAUCCGAAAGAGAUCUUGCUUUUCUUUCUACACAAACAGGUUUUUCAUCCGAAGAAAUAUUACGUUGGCAUAAAAAAUUUUUUCAUGAUAAUCCUGAUGGACGUCUUGAUCGUGUUGCAUUUCGUCAAUUUUAUCGUUUAUUACGAAAUGAAACACCUGAACGUUUAAAUGAUAUGUGUGAUCAUAUAUUUCGUGCGUUUGAUGUUGAUGGAAAUGGUUAUGUUGAAUUUGGUGAAUUUCUACUUGGUUUUGCAAUAUCAUCACAUGGUGAUCUUCGAUCACGUUUAAAUUAUGCAUUUGAAUGUUAUGAUCUCGAUUCAAAUGGAUACUUAACAGAAGAUGAAAUUGAACCAGUUCUUCGAGCAAUGUAUACUUUAUUAGGUAUAAAACAUGUACAAGAUUAUCCACCAGAAAAAUUUGCAAAAGAUUUAAUGAAAAAACUAGAUAUAUCACAAGAUGGUCGUGUAACUAAAGAUGAAUUCAUUCAUUUUCUUAUGAAAGAUGAUAUUUAUAGAAAUACUGUUAAUCCAUUUCAGUAA